AAAUUAGAAAUUGGCUUAAACCCACGGAAGAGUUAACUCUUGAGGCUUCCACCACCACCACCACCACCACCGUGACCCUCGUGUCUCUUCGGCGGCGACCGUCCCUGGCUCACUGAGUGGGUUCCAGUCCUCCCUCGGCGGCAGCUUUACUCUCACACAGUGUCUACCGUCUCAGCACAGUUAACCAAACAAACCAAUGAUAGAAACUGUCCGAGUUGAUGAGCAUCCGAUUCCGACCUCUCUCGGAAACCUUCUCCAGCUCUAUCUCCUUCCAUCACCAUCGAAAACUCUCUUCUUCUCUUCAGAGCUCGGCCCAUGCUGCCACGCCCGAACCAUUUUAUAUCAAUCUCUCGCGAGCCUGUGUAGAACAGUGUAAACGGAUUAGAGCACGCAAUGUGUUCGACGAAUUGCCUGAGUUAUUAACUCAAACGUUAAAAAAUGGGAAGAUUAUCCAUGGUUACAGCUUGAAACUUGGGGUGGAAUCUAAAGGGUUUCUGGGAAACUCCAUUGUUGAUCUUUAUGCCAAGUGUGGUAACGUGGGUUAUGCCGAGAAGGUGUUUGAUCAGCUUGAGAACAAAGAUGUAUUUGCUUGGAAUUCGGUUCUUUCAAUGUACUCAAAGUUGGGUUUUUUGGAACAUGUUCAUGACUCAUUUGUUUCAUUGGUUAGUUCUGGGGUUUCGCCAAAUGGGUUCACUUUGGCCAUGGUUUUGUCUUCUUCUGCUAGAUGUGUGGAUGUUGACAUUGGUAGACAAGUUCAUUGUUGUGUUGUUAAGAUGGGUUUUGAGUCAAAUUCAUUUUGUGAAGGUGCACUUAUUGAUAUGUAUUCCAAAUGCAAUCUCGUGAGUGAUGCUCGCCGGGUUUUUGAUGGCUCUACUGAGCUGGAUACAGUUGGUUGGACAGCAUUGGUGACAGGGUACGUUCAAGCUGGUUUGCCCGAAGAGGCGCUUAAAGUCUUCGUAGAGAUGAGGAAAGUUGGCCUCAUUCCUGAUCAAGUUGCUUAUAUCACUGUAAUUAAUGCUUGUGUUGGUAUAGGAAAGCUAAGUGAGGCUUGUGAUUUGUUUGCUGAGAUGCCAAACCCGAAUGUUGUGGCUUGGAACGUGAUGAUUUCGGGACAUGCUAAGGCGGGUUAUGAGGUAGAGGCUCUAAUGUUUUUCUUGAGAAUGAGAAAAGCUAAUGUAAAACCAACAAGAUCUACACUAGGAAGUAUUUUAAGUACGAUUGCUAGUUUAGGAGCAUUAGAUUAUGGCUUGAUAAUUCAUUCUUAUGCCGUUAAACAGGGCUUGGAUUCCAAUUUUUAUGUGGGAAGUUCUCUGAUCAAUAUGUAUGCCAAGUGUGAGAAAGUAAAUGCUUCAAAGAAAGUAUUUGAUGGUUUGGAUGCUAAGAACCAUGUGUUGUGGAAUGCUAUGUUAGGAGGUUAUGUACAUAAUGGUUAUGCAUUGGAGGUCAUUGAAUUGUUCUCCAAUAUGAAAGAAUGUGGCUUUAAGCCUGAUGAAUUUACCUACACUAGCAUUUUGAGUGCAUGUGCUUGCUUGGAGUUUCUAGAACUAGGUCGCCAAUUGCAUUCGAUUAUUAUCAAGAACAAAGUUGCACUCAAUUUGUUUGUUGGAAAUGCAUUGACAGAUAUGUAUGCUAAAUCAGGGGCUCUAGAAGAUGCUAGGAAACAAUUCGAGCUCAUUAGGAAUAGAGAUAAGGUUUCUUGGAAUGCAAUCAUUGUUGGGUAUGUUCAGGAUGAGAAUGAGGUUGAGGCUUUCAACAUGUUCCAAAGAAUGAAUUCGGACGGUGUGAUGCCUGAUGAGGUUUCCUUGGCCAGUAUACUGAGUGCUUGUGCAAAUGUACAAGCACUUAAUCAAGGGCAACAAGUCCAUUGUUCCGCAAUUAAAUCUGGUCUCGAAACUAGUCUUUAUGCUGGCAGCUCUCUUAUUGACAUGUAUGCCAAGUGUGGAGCCCUUGAAGUUGCAUAUGAAGUUUUCUCUGCUAUGCCUCACUGGGGUGUGGUCUCCAUAAAUGUUCUUAUUGCUGGGUAUUGUCAAAUCGAUUUAGACAAAGCUAAAACUUUAUUUCAAGAGAUGCAGUCUGCUGGAUUGAGCCCUACUGAUAUCACUUAUGCAAGUCUUUUGGAUGCCUGCAAUGAACCUACUAUGCUAAUAUUGGGAAGGGGAAUUCAUUGUGUGGUAGUGAAAAGGAACCUUUUGUAUGGUGGUUGUGAUUUCCUAAGAGUCUCUCUUUUGGGCAUGUAUUUGAAAUCCCAAUGCAAAGUGGAAGCUGAAAUUCUGUUCUCGGAGUUUCCAAAUCCAAAAAGCACAGUACUAUGGACUGCCAUUAUCUCAGGACUCACACAAAAUGAUUGCAGUGAGGAGGCUUUGCAGCUAUACCAAAAAAUGCAUAGUGACAAUGCUCUACCAGACCAAGCCACAUUUGCUAGUGUCCUUCGAGCAUCUGCUGUCUCGUCUUCUUUGAUCGAUGGCAGAGAGAUCCACUCCCUUGUUUUUCACACCGGUUAUGAUCAAGAUGAACCAACAUGUAGUGCCCUUGUCGACAUGUAUGCUAAAUGUGGGGAUGUCAAAAGCUCUGUGCAAGUUUUCCAAGAGAUGAGAACUAAGAAAGAUGUCAUUUCUUGGAACUCCAUGGUAGUUGGGCUUGCUAAAAACGGCUACGCAGAUGAUGCACUAAGUGUCUUUGAUGAGAUGAAGCAAAAACAUAUCAUGCCAGAUGAUGUGACACUCCUUGGUGUUCUCACUGCUUGCAGCCAUUCAGGAAAAGUAAUUGAAGGCCGAGAAAUAUUUAACAGUAUGGUAAAUAAUUAUGGAGUUCAGCCGAGGGUGGAUCACGUUGCGUGCAUGGUUGAUCUUCUUGGCCGGUGGGGUUUUCUUAAAGAGGCAGAAGAACUUAUCAACAAACUAAACUUCGAGUCAGAUGUUAUGAUUUCGGCUACAUUGCUUGCUGCCUGCAAACUGCACGGAGACGAGUUGAGAGGGCGGCGUGUGGCUGAGAAACUCAUCGAGUUAGAUCCUCAAAACUCGUCGCCUUAUGUGUUGCUUGCUAACAUAUAUGCUGCAUCAGGAAACUGGAAUGAGGUCAAUUCUUUGAGGUUGAAAAUGAGAGAAAAAGGGGUUGUGAAGUUGCCUGGUUGUAGUUGGAUUCUAGUUGGACAGAAGACACAUCUGUUUAUGGCUGGGGAUAAAUCUCAUCCCAAUUUUGGUGAAAUUAAUGCAGUUUUGGAGUACUUGAUAAAAGUUAUGAAAGAAGAUGGUUAUGUUGUGGACAUGGAUAGUAUUUUUCAUGAUGAAGAGUGAGAAUGUCCACACCGAAAGAUGUAUAUGUUGGUAGAAACUAACAACCAUUUUUCUUGUCUUCAAGCAUUUGGAUCUCUUGUAACAAACAAAAAUAUCCUCAAGACAAUACAUGUUCAAACAAAUUCAUUUUUUU